UCCGUCUGGCUCGGUGAUUUCGGCUUCCGUGGUGCGUGGUUUUUCAAAAAAUCGGCAGAAUUUCGCGGAAAUUAUUCCAGUAGGUCGAAAUUGUAUCAGUUCUGAUCCCACGUCGAUUGGUUGCUCCGUGUUCGAUGUAUCGCGAGUGUGAAAAACAUCUAGAAUGAAAGUUACCGUGAAAAGUUGGAUGGGAGUCGCCGUGUGGAAAUGGCUCGCCAACGAUGACAACUGUGGUAUUUGUCGGAUGGCCUUCGAGGGCUGCUGCCCGGAUUGCUCUCUACCAGGUGACGACUGUCCGUUAGUGUGGGGAUCCUGUUCGCAUUGCUUCCACAUGCACUGCAUCGUCAAGUGGCUCAACUCGCAGGCCAACCAGCAGUGCCCGAUGUGUCGCCAGACGUGGAAAUUUAACGAAAAGUAGGGGGGACGAGACAGGAGUAGAAGUGGUUCUGGGUGGAUUGAAAGAAGAAGUAAAGCAGUGGUCACAGUUCUAGGAGUGUGUCGAACAGCCUUGCGAGUAAUAGAAGUAAACUUCAUUGUUGAACCAGAAUCGAGAGAACGAGUAGUGUUGAAAGUGUCGAUUAGUAUUGGGUCGUGGGUGGACCAAGUUGAGCCAGAUCGGUCACUGCUAGUUUCCAGUAAGUGAGUGGAAAGUGAUUGUCGGGUGUUGUGUUAACCGAGAAGGUGGGGUCAGUACGGUAAAGUGUUACAGAAUCUCGACUGAUUUGGAGGAUUAUAGUGAGCUGUGGAUUUCCUGGACUGUUGGAGCAUUUCAUUUGAAGAGAUACUAUUUUACAUAAGAAAACUCGCAGU